AUGGGUGACGUUUUAGCUUAUGAAGCUGAGUUACUCGGACUAGUUAGAGAGUAUUUGGAUUUUGCUGAAUUUGAAGAAACUGUGAAAGUAUUUACAAAGGAAUGUAAAAUCAAAGGGAAGCCACUACCUAAACCAGCAGGUGUUUUCUCAAGAGAUUCAGAGGCUUUGCCUGUUCAGAAAGAUCUGCUUACAGCAUUUGAGAAUGGUGAGCAGAAGGUUUUCUUCCAGCUCUGGGAGGAGCAUAUUUCAUCUUCAGUCCAGGACAAUGAACAGGUUGCUCAGAAGCUGGAGUUCUAUCUCCAUGUACACUUUGCCACCUACCUCUUAAAACACUCCACGGGAAAGCCUGACAAAGCUGAACUCGAGGAAAGGAUUUCUCAUUUUAAGGCAUACCUGGAGACAGAAGGAGCUGCACUGAGCCAAACUACGGAGUUUCUUCCCUUCUAUGCUUUGCCUUUUGUUCCAAACCCCAUGGUCCAUCCUUCAUUUAAAGAACUUUUCCAGGACUCUUGGACAUUGGAUCUGAGGACAAGAUUGGAAAAGUUCCUGUCUCUGACUCUCAAAGACAGACAGGCUCCCCGACUUCUCACUUUAUUUAAGGAGAACGGACAAUGCAACAAAGAAAUGUUGCAACAUCUUCAUCAACAGUUAGUGGAGUCUGAGCACAGGGCCAUGACCUACCUGAAACGAUUUAACAAAAUGCAGGCAGACUACCAUAAUCUCAUUGGAGUCACUGCAGAGCUGGUGGAUUCCUUGGAGGCCACGGUCAAUGGCAAGAUGAUCACACCAGAGUAUCUUCAAAGUGUUUGUGUUCGCUUGUUUAGCAAUCAGAUGAGACAAAGUGUAACACAUAGUAUCGACUUCUCAAGGCCUGGAACUGGAUAUUACUCUGUGAGCCCUUGUGAUGACGGAUAUGCUUCCACAAUGUUAAGAGCAUCUUUAGCCCCUGUGAAGAUGCAGGAUGUGCCGUUGUUGCCCUCUUUGGAUUAUGAGAAGCUGAAGAAAGAUCUGAUUACGGGGAAUGAUCGUCUCAAGGCCUUCUUACUGCAGGCCCUGCGCUGGCGCUUGACAACGUCGUAUCCUGGAGAACAGAGAGACACUGUCCUGCAAGCCUACAUCAGUAAUGACCUCCUGGACUGCCACAGCAACAGUCAGAGAAGUGUCCUCAAAUUAUUACAUUCCAAGAGUGAGGUAGUCCGACAGUAUAUGGCAAGGCUCAUCAAUGCAUUUGCUUCACUGGCAGAAGGUCGCGUCUACCUUUCUCAGAACCCAACAUUGCUGCGAAUGCUGGAGGAGAGACUGAAAGCUGAAGACAAGGAUUCCCUUACAUGGGAGAAUGUUCUGGGGGCUCUGCAGAAAUUCAGCCUCAGGCGUGCCCUGCAGUCGGCGAUGAUCAAAGAUGGGCUCAUUUUCUGGCUGGUUGAUGUCCUAACAGACACGGAUUGCCUGUCUGAUUACACGCUGGAGUAUUCGGUUGCCUUGCUCAUGAACCUUUGUCUGCGGAGUGCAGGGAAGAAAAUGUGUGCAAGGAUCGCAAACCACGUGCUCAAAGUUCUCUCUGAUCUUCUUGGCCAUGAGAAUCAUGAGAUACAACCCUAUGUGAACGGAGCACUGUACAGCAUCCUUGCCAUCCCUUCUGUCCGAGAGGAAGCCAGAGCAAUGGGAAUGGAAGAAAUUCUGUGCUGCUUUAUCAAGGAAGGAAAUGCAGAGAUGAUCCGACAGAUUGAAUUUAUUAUCCAGCAACUCAAUUCAGAAGAGCCACUAAAUGACAGUAUUGUGUCUGACGAUGAAGAGGAAGAGGAGGAUGAGGAAGAGGACCAUGACAUCAUGGAGGCUGAUCUGGACAAAGAUGAGGUUUUGCAACCCCAACUGGGAGAGCUUGCAGGAGAGAAGCUGCUAACAACCGAGUACUUGGGAAUAAUGACUCAUACUCCAAAAACCAAGAAGAAGCUGUUUCCUGGUGUCCAUCAGAGUAUAGAUGAGCCUCUCCAGCGACCUGUGACGCCAGGUUAUCACAGAACUAUGUACGUAAUGUCAGAAAACGAUGACAAUUCCUGCCAUGACAGGGAUGAGAAGCUGCCAUCUCCACCAAGUGGUCAUCCUCCUGUUUGUGGUGGGAGAAGGUCCAGCACUUUUGACCUCUGCAGUUCCCCUUCAUCUGUGGAAAUGAAGUCAUCUAAAGUAUUCUCGUCAGGCCAUAGAGUGAACCGAAGCAUCCCUGCUGGUGAUGAUGUCUUGUCUUCACGAUCUACUGUCUUCACCCAGGACAAAGUCAAUGGGCAGUCUUAUAG